AUGAUGUUCCGAAGUAAUUGCUAUCGCAACCUAAUAAGUUGUAUUGGAAAUAAAAAGAUUUCUAAAAAAUAUAGCGUUAUAUCUGCAGUUUUAGAGAAACCAAAUGUCGGCGAUGUUACCGAGAUAAAGGGAUGGGUCAAGAAUUUACGGAAACAGAAAGACCUGAUAUUCGCCGACAUCAGUGAUGGAUCUUGUGCACAAAAACUACAGAUAGUUAUUCCUAAAAAUCUUACUACUGAUGCACUAACUUACGGUUCUUCAGUAAGUAUUACUGGAAAGUUGUCCAAAAGUCCGAGGGGACAGUUAGAACUGGUUGCAGAUAAUAUCAAAGUUUUAGGAAGCUGUGUAGUGUUAGAUGGGUAUCCAUUCAACCCCAGGACAACACAUCCACCUGAAUAUACUCGCCAAUACUUACAUCUACGUCCCAGGACUAAUUACACCUCAGCGAUAUUGAGAAUACGAAGUGCUGUUACGAAGCACAUACAUGAUUACUUUGCCUCAAACAAUUAUACAAAUGUCCACACUCCAAUACUAACUUCAAAUGAUUGUGAAGGAGCUGGAGAAGUGUUCAAAAUACAGCCAGACAGCGAGGAGACUAUAAAGGCAAUGAUGCAAGAAAACAAAGACAGAGACUCUGUGUACUUUGGCUCAAAAACAUUCCUUACAGUCUCAGGCCAGUUGCAUUUAGAAGCAGUGUGUAGAGGGAUGGGCAAUGUCUAUACAUUUGGUCCAACGUUCAGAGCUGAAAACUCUAGAUCAAGGCUCCAUUUGUCUGAAUUCUAUAUGUUAGAAGCUGAGCUAGCCUUCUGUGAAAAUAUUAACCAUCUACAAGGAGCCAUAGAAGAUCUAUUGAAGUAUGUGUUUACUGAAACUCGCAACACCAAUGAGGCUGACCUCUUCCUGAUAGAUAAACAUAACAAAGCUCCUAGUUGGGUUAACAAAGAGUUUGUGACACUUACUUAUGAUGAAGCUAGACAGAUAUUGUUGCAGAAGGGAUGCACAUUGACUGAUGAGGGCAUCAAUAAGGAACAGGAGCUGACCUUGGUUGAACAUUGCAAUGGGGUCCCUGUGUUUGUAGUCAGGUGGCCCAAGGAUAUGAAGUCAUUUUAUAUGAAGGAAUGUUCUGAAGAUAACACACAGGUGGAUGCACUGGAUCUUCUGACACCCAUCACGGGGGAAGUUGUAGGUGGUAGUCUGAGAGAAGACAGCUAUGAGAAACUGAAGGCCAAGUUACCAUCGGAUAGAUUGAACUGGUAUUUAGAUCUACGGAAGUUUGGUAACAUCCCCACAGGCGGGUAUGGCUUAGGUUUGGAACGACUACUGCAAGUUUUAUGUAAUGUCAGUAAUAUAAAGGAUACUUUGCCUUUUCCAAGAUGGCCACAUAAUUGCGAUAUGUAG